GUCUUCCCUCGCUUCUCCGCCUCAACUUCAUCUUUCCUUCUGUCUCUCCGUUCCAGUGCUUUACUGCGUCCUGUCAUUCUCUCUUAUUCCCCUUAUUCCCUCCGGUCUUUCAACUUCAUCACAAUGAGCGAGAUCACUCACCCCACUAUCAAGGAUGGCUGGUUCUCCGAGCAGUCUGAAAUGUGGCCUGGUCAGGCCAUGAACCUCAGAGUCAACCAAAUUCUCCACCACGAGAAGUCCAAGUAUCAGGACGUUCUUGUCUUCGAGAGCAGCGACUAUGGCACCGUUCUUGUUCUUGACAACGUCAUCCAAUGCACCGAGCGUGAUGAGUUCUCCUACCAGGAAAUGAUUACCCACCUGGCCAUGAACUCCCACCCCAACCCCAAGAAGGUCCUCGUUAUCGGAGGUGGAGAUGGCGGUGUCCUCCGCGAGGUAGUCAAGCACGAGACCGUCGAGGAGGCCAUCUUGUGCGACAUUGAUGAGGCCGUCAUCCGUGUCUCCAAGAAGUACCUUCCCGGCAUGAGCAUCGGCUUCCAGCACCCCAACGUCAAGGUCCACGUCGGCGACGGCUUUGAGUUCCUCAAGCAGCGCCAGAACGAAUUUGAUGUCAUCAUUACCGAUAGCUCUGACCCCGAGGGUCCCGCCGAGAGCCUCUUCCAGAAGCCCUACUUUGAGCUCCUCAGAGACGCUCUACGUGAUGGAGGUGUCAUCACCACCCAAGCCGAAAACCAAUGGCUUCACCUUCCUCUGAUUGCCGACCUCAAGAAGGCCUGCAACGAGGUCUUCCCUGUCGCCGAAUACGCGUACACCACAAUCCCUACGUACCCAUCCGGUCAAAUUGGUUUCAUGGUUUGUUGCAAGGAUGCCAACCGCAAUGUUAAGGAGCCCGUCCGCACCUGGUCUCGUGAAGAGGAGGAGCGUCUCUGCCGCUACUACAACCAGGAUAUCCACCGCGCCAGCUUCGUGCUGCCCAACUUUGCUCGCAAGGCUUUGGGAAAUUAGAUUCAGAUGAGAUGAGCAUAUCUUUGUUUUUGUUUAAAAGAAUACCAUAUCAACUGAAUUUCUCCUGUGAUUAUCUAUUUCACUAUACUUUUAUACUCCGUGUCCUAUAUUAUGAGAGGAUUGAGGAUUUAGGACCCAAACUAGGUGAUCUGAUAACGGGAUAUAAACCAACACCCAAAGGUCAAACUACGUCAGUUACUCACUCCUGGAUGCGCAUAAGCUUUCAGCCAGAAGUAUUCAAGACCGAGAGCAAAUAUGAACAGAUAGAUGGUAUUCUUUUCGCAGAUGUCUAAAAAUAUCAGAGAUGGCCAGACCUUGAAAUAAGUUCAAUGGUGGCUUUUAUUCUUCUCAAAAGGAAAUUCGUAGGACAUUAAACCAAGUGUGCCACGCAUUCGGAGUUUCUCUCCGUAUGGCCACCCCAUAACCCAUGUAAUACUCGUUAGCAAGGAAAGAUGUCGAAGGAAAAUGCAAGCGAGUCAUGACGCUAGAACGAGACGUCUACAGGAUCUGCUGGAAAGCGCGGUUGAUGGGCGACCGAACGGGAACACCCUUAUAGAAGUCAAUGGUGGCAAGGGCGCGCUUGCUAAUACCCUCAGGAGUGAACUCGAACUUGGCGUAGACCUCCUUGUAGGGACCAGAGGCACCGAAGCGGUUCAGACCGAACUGCUCGUGAGAGUAGCGCUCCCAACCCAUGGUGGAGCAGACCUCGACAGACAAAAUGGGGAUGCCGUCGGGGAGGACCUUGAGUCUGUACUCCUUGUCCUGAGCAUCGAAGACCUCGAAGCAAGGAAUAGAGACGACACGGGCCACGACGCCGUGCUUUUCCUGCAGGUACUUGGCAGCGUCGAUACAGAUACUGACUUCGGAUCCAGUGGAGAUGAUGGUAACCUUGGCGUCAGCAGCCUCGAAGACAGGGUAAGCACCCUUGAGAGCAGCCUCAAUGCUUGAGUUCUCAAGCUGGGGCAGGUUCUGACGGGUAAGAGCCAGGAUGGAGGGAGUGUGCUUAGCAGUCAGGGCAGAAUAGUAAGCAGCACUGGUCUCGUUACCAUCAGCAGGGCGCCAGACCAUGCAGUUGGGAAGAGCACGGAAAUGAGCGAGAGUCUCGAUAGGCUGGUGGGUAGGGCCGUCCUCACCCAGACCAAUGGAGUCGUGGGUAGCGACGUGAAUGGCACGAACGCGAGAGAGGGCGGACAGACGGACAGCACCAGCAGCGUAGGAAACGAAGUUCAGGAAAGUACCGGCGGCAGGGAUGACGGUACCGUAUGCAGCAAGACCGUUCAUGAUAGCAGCCAUGGCGUGCUCACGGACACCGUAACGGAGGUAGCGGCCAGACCACUCACCAAUGCCGUACUCGGGUGGCUGGAAGUCAACAGCGUUCUUCCAGCGGGUGUUGUUGGAGCCAGUCAGAUCGGCGGAACCAGACAAAAGUUCUGGGAUGACCGAGUGGAUCUUCUCAAGGACAGCCUCAGACAGCUUGCGGGAGGCAAUAGCGGGGUCAGAAGGCUUGUAAACAGGAAGCGACUUCUCCCAUCCCUCAGGAAGCUUGCCGGAGAGACGGCGGGUAAGGUCGGCGUGCUCGUUGGGGUAUUCGCCGGCGUAUUUCUGGAGGAGCUGGUUCCAUUCCUGCUCCUGGGCAGCACCCUCUUCGGCGUGUUUGUGGUAAAGGUCAUAGACCUGCUGAGGGACGACGAAGCUCUGGGCGGGAUCGAAGCCGAAGCGCUUCUUGACACCCUCGAUGUCGUCGGCUUUGAGAGGGUUACCGUGGACACCGCCGGUACCCUGGAGCUUAGAACCGAAACCGAUGGUGGUAGUCAGGCGGAUCAUGGAGGGCUUGUCCUUGACGGCCUGGGCCUCCUUGAUAGCAGCCUCGAUGCCCUCGAGGUCGUUGUCACCGUCC